AUGUACAACUCCUCCAUAAUAGCCGAUGCAUAUCAUCUAGUGGCGUUGGACAUAAUACAACAAUACACUGCUUCCAACGAAGGAUUCAAAGAAUCACUCAUUCUUGGUGGGGUGUGGCUUUCCCGCCUAGGCUUUUCAAGCCACUUGCUUGAUGGUGGAUUCGGCGAGAAAGAAUGGGCAAUGUUACAAUGCCACCUCGUGGAAACAACGACGACCCCACAGACUGCUUCUCGAUACUCUGCAUCUUCUGAUGCGUUUCAAAUGUUCAAAUCAGUCUUAAACCUUAUCGCGACUAGAAAAAUUCACCCUGAAUUGAACAUUCCAGUUCUCCAUCGAGAGCAGACUGACUAUAAUAUAUUCUCUAAAAUGAGCCGUUGGUCCUCCCUGGCGCUUGUAAAACACUCCCUCGCCGUGAUAUCCCUCGACAAGCUAGGAAUUUCCCCACGGGCUCAGCUUCAAAGGGUAUUUGAGAACUCCCUCUAUAAUAUUGCAGACAUUACGAUGAGCCUCCCAAUAGAUUUGAUCCAGUUUGGAGAAAUACUCCCCGAAACCGUCAAGCGAUGGAAUCUCAAGCAUUAUAUAAACGAUUAUUGUUACGACCUAUUCUCAAAAGGUCUUACCGAUAGAUUUAGGAUGAUCACCUUCUCAACCCCGAAGCCACACCCUAGGCAGCUAGAGGACGCAUCGGAUCGAGAACGGCAAUACCACGACAAAUAUGUAUUAACUAUGUUUAUCACGCUCGAUGAAAAGAGGUGCACACGUGUUUUGGACUAUGGACCCGAGGUACAAGAUGCGGCUAAAACUGUCGACUUUCGCGAGUUUUGGGAAGAUAAAGCAGAACUUAGGCGGUUCAAGGAUGGGCGAGUGAUGGAAACAGUUAGAUGGGAUCCGAGCCUACCGCCCACUGAGCAAAUACUGAGCUUUUUGCAUCGAAAAUUGACUGCUUCCUUCCCAACAACUCAGCCGCCUAUAUUACAGGGACUUGAGUCCGAUAUAUACCUGACAUCCCCGCCUUUGGUUUGGCCCGCUAGCGACAGUUAUGAGACAGCAGCUUCCGAGUUUCAAAUGGUCGCAAAUACCAUACGCCAGAUCAAAGAUUUCCCGUUAGGGUUUAAGAAGAUAUCAGGAGUUUCACCAUCCCUUAGUUCCACCUCGGUCAAGCCACCCUUCCCGUGUUCCAGGCAUCUUGGGCCGCCAUUAGAAGGGGAGUUAGAACUCGAGGGCUCUUCUAUGUGGCCAACAGACCCGGAACAGAGGAGUCGGAGUGAGUUUGGGCUCCUUCUUAAGCUCAGGGCUGAGCUUGAAGCGACCAAAAACGUUCUCACAGUUCGUGUUGGUAUCGCUACUACAAACAGGUUACAUAACAUAUGUUUCUUGGAUAUUCUCACAAAACGCCAAUAUCUUUUCCGAUUUCGAUUAAUACAUGCCUUGGAAAACCCCCCGAGGGGUGUCAGUCUGAACCUACCGCCCGAUCCGAGCCUAGAACAACACCUUACACUCACGAGCAAGGACCAUUCAAAGAUGCUCCCAGCACCAAUAUUUCUCUUCAAGUGUUAG